AGUUGAUAAAACUGCGUGGCGUUUCUUUUAAUAAAUGCGUCAGCUGAAUAUCCAUCGAAGAAAUUACACCCUUUUCUCUUUUCGAUAUGGAUCAAUCAGUUUUGAAAAAGGUGAAAAAGUUUUUACGAGGAAAACCGGAGAAAGAAGUGGGAUUUACUGCGUUUUGGGAAGGUACAAAGUCAUUUUAUCCAACCGACUUAUCGAAAACAAAAGUUAAGGAAUGGUUGAAGGAGCAUUCAGAUUGUUUUCAAAUUAUAAAAGCUCCGAAUGGAAAUCCAUUUGGUAAAGUAAAACUUAUAGAGAAAGAUAAAGGCUUAGAGGUAGAACUACCAAGUCUUAAUGCGAACGAAGACUUUCAAAUCAAGGAGAAAUUGAUUGCAUCAAUUGAUAACGAGGAAGAGAAAGGCCAUUUGUUUGCCAUCAUUUGUAGAGAUAAAGCAAGCAUUUUCCCUGCUAAGUUACAAGACAAAAAGCUUAUCAGAAAAUGGUUGAUUACGCAUGAUGACUGGUUUAAAUUAGUCUAUGAUGAAAAUGGAGGUCUUUUCUCUGUGAAAGUUUUAAAUAAAGCAAGGAAAAAUAAGCGAGGUGGGCGUGGACUAUCAAAAACAACUUCACCUAAUGAUGCUCAAACUAAACAAAAUAAUGUUUCGUGUAUUACAAAGAAACUUAAUGCUCUUGGAGGUACAAUGUUGUUGGAACUUUUAUUUAAGGAUCUAGCUACUGGAAAUAUUGUUAAAGAAAAGUCUGAACUGAUGACUAUACUUACUGAUUUUCCUUCCACUUUUGAAAUAUUUGAUUUGGGGGAGAAUGGUAAAUGGGUCCUUCUUAAAGAAAGUUUUGCUGAGCCAAACCAAAGCGAAAAAGUACCACAGUCUUGUGAUCAUCUUAAUAAAGAUCAUGUCAGCCAGAUUAUUCAAUUCAUUUUUCAAAAUGAUGGUACUGUCUCGUACAACAAAACACUGGAAUACAUAAAAAACCUUAUCAGUGGUUUGCCUUCCAGCGAUGAUGAUAUUUUACAAUUGUUAAUGUUAACCACCAAAUUUGAAAUCAUUGAAAAACCAGAAAUUCCUGGUAAACCAUGGAUGGUUAAAGUGAAGUUUUAUAGCCAACCAAGACUCUGCCAGACCUAUGUUGUUAAUGGCCAAUGUUCAAGGAAAAAUUGCCCAUUCUUGCACAUCUGUAAAGCAUUUAUUUGUCAACAACCGCAUAACGCUGAGCAAUGCCAACUCUCUCAUGACUUUCAUGAUGAACACAACAAAAUUAUUAUGGAAAAAAUGGGUGAGAUAAGCAAGGAAAGCAACAAGACCAUUGCCAAUGUUUUAUUUAAGAGUUAUUUUCCUCGAGUUUGCAUGGAAUACAACAAAAAUGGAAACUGUCCUCGGAAAGAUAAAUGCCACUUUCUUCAUGUUUGUGGUGAUUAUGUCUUAAAUCAAUGUUCAAAAUCACCAUGUUCAUUAAAUCAUAACAUUAAUGGGGACAUGCACAAUAUCAAUUUGUUAAAGAAAUAUGCACUUCUUCCAUCAAAACAAUUACCUAUUGAAAUUGUCAAGGCUAAUAUUGCCUAUGCACAAGUUGGUAAUAUUAACACAAAGUUAAACAUACCGCCAUCUCCCAUGAAUGUUUUACCCCAGGGACAAGCAUUUAAUAUGCCACAGAGACAUAUUCCACAAAUGCCUCAAUUUUUUCCAUCACAUCACCAACGCCCCCUUGCACCCAUAUUCCAGCAUCAAAUUCAUUUUCAAAAUAACCUUCCUCACCAAAUUCCUAUUCCACCUUUGGUGCAACAGAUGAACCCUUCAUUUAUGCAAAGGCCACCCCCUCUAAUGGAGGUCCCUACCUAUCUUGGUAAUGGUGCAAGAAAAGAAAGAGCAAAGAAGAAUACGCCUGAAAUAAAAUCAUCAACUUUGGGAGAGGAAAAGAAACAUAAGCGUAAUAGGGGAGCACGUCGUAGAAAAAUGAAAGGUACAACAACUACAUCUAGUAGUGUUGAUGAUUCAGGUAUGGUUGAUGAUGAUAUUUCUGAUGAAGAAUCUGAGGAAUUCCUACAUGAAGAUAAAGAAUCUUCUAUGCUGAGUUGGGAAAACCUUGAAAAUAGUCAUCUCUCUAAUAAAAUGUCAGGUUUUCAGAAAGUCGAGAAUUGGAUGGGAAAUUCAGUUGAAAGUACGAUGAAUAAAGUUUGCAAUGAAAAAGAUGAAAGUGAUUCUUCGUCUAGUUCUGAGAUCUCUACAUUCAGCAGUAUUCCAAGCUCUGCCGCCCUCUCACAGCAGUCACAAUGGAAAGGCGAAUUACAAAAGAAGGUGUUUCUUACAAUUCUAGAGAAAUUCAACGGUAAUGGAUCAUUCAAGAAGAUCUUAAAAGAGAAAGACUUAUUUCCUGAAAACAUUAGAAAUAUUGAAGAGUGGUUCAGCAAAUAUCCCCGAAUGUUUAUUUUGCAUCGCAAUGGUCGGGGAAACGUCGACACUGUCACUGUUUUCUCAACAAAAGCUCGUAUAUGCCUUGAUUAUAAUGGCAAGAAAGGUGGCUGCUAUAAAACAAAUUGUGAGUAUGUACAUAUAUGUCGCAAUUAUUUUGAAGGUCGCUGCAAUGGUUGCAAUUUGAACCAUGAUUUUGCCUCAAGUGAAGUUGAUCUGGUGAAGAAACGUAUGGGUUUUGAAGAUCUCACAUCUGAGCAAUUCUCAACUUUAGUCGCCAUGUCCGUUCCUUCUGUUUGUCAUUAUCAUAAUCAAGGAAACUGUAAUCGUGGAAAAUUUUGUCCCAAUUUACACGUUUGCAAAAAGUUUAUCCAAAGACGGAGGUACUGUCGAGAGAAGUUGUGUAAAUUUGGUCACGAAUCUUCUCUUACUGAUGAUCAUGCCAUGCGUAUUCUUAAAAUGUAUCAUAUGUUUAAGGAUCAACCUAACAUAAAGUAUUUGAAAAAAAUGAUCUUUGUUUUUGAACGAGAAAGAAAGAUAACAAAUGUUUUCAAGAACCGAGAAGAUAAUAACGUCCUUGAAGAUAACAAUGCAGACCAAGAUAAUGAAGUAAAGAGAGAAAAAACAGCAAAAGUAUCCAAGAAAACAUCAAACCAGAUGAAAGUGGAGGAUGAAGUUAUCAGCAAUAAUGAAUCAAGGAAAAAGAAAGCAAUGUCUGAUGUUCUUCAACCUGGGGAGAAUUUGAACGAACGAGAAGUAUUUGUACCGUUUCUCUAUGAAGAUGUUGAUAAUAUCAUGAACGAAAACAUUUCAGCCAGUAGAAUGAUGACAACAACACCUCAACCCUUGGGUCGUGGGUAUUAUUUCACUAGUGACGUCACUAAGUCUUUACAAUGGUGUUUUGAUAAUCUUGGUGAUACAAGAUCUAAAAUUAAUCUUCUCGUAUGUCAAGUUUUGCUUGGAGAAUCAACAAAAGGACACCGUUAUUUAACAGAGUUUCCUCGCCGUGAAGAUGGGAGAUUUUUCGAUUCUUUAGUUGAUAACAAAGAAAAUCCAUCAUUGUUUGUCAUAUCCAACAUUGAACAGUGUUAUCCCUUGUAUGUAAUUGACUUUACAUUCCCUCAAAGUUCUUCAGCACAUUUAGGUUCUCCUGUUCAAAAUGCAAGUUAUAUUGUCGGAAAUAAUGCCCCUGAUGUACAACAAACAUCCCUCCCAUAUCAACAACCACCACCUGCCUAUGAGGAAGUCCCUAGUUUGUCCACAUAUUCAAUUGCUCCACAGGUACAAACAUCUUUAGAAAAUGGAGAAUGGGCCAAAGUUGUUCCAUCAAAUCCAUCUAGAAAUUCAACACAUCCCGAACCUCCACCUCAAUACUCUUUACAUCCUCAGUCAUCCUCAGGACAGCAAAAUUGUAACGAUGAAAGUGUUGCUUCUACUCUUCCAUUAGUAACUCGUAGAGACAAAAAGGAAAAAGAUUGUAUCGUCAUGUAAAUCGAACUGAUUUGUUUUAUUGAUAAUUAGUAUUGGUGGAUAUUAGAAAGUAUUAAAAUUAUUGCUUGUAAAUGUGGUUGAGAUUUUUAAGAAACAUUUAGAAUGUGUUAAAAUUAGGUAAUUCUAUUUAAUAAUGACGAAUAUGCAUGAAGUA